AUGUCUCGCUCUCCCUCACCUAUCCCAUCAAAAGCACAGAAACCCCUGCAACGGCCUGAACAUAAUGGCCCAUUUCAUCCCACCUUCCAAUCCCAACUCUCAAACAUCUCAACAUAUUCAAAUCUUAACUACACCUCCAAACAAUACAAUUAUUGA